AUGGUGGUCCGCGUCCCGUCUGAUGCCGGCCGAUCGGCGUCGAUUGCUCAUGCUGCAGCUGAUGCACAGAACAUCUAUGACCGAGCGACGGCUCGCGAGAAGGCCGCUGCCGCCGCGGCCGAGUGGGACGACGGCAACGUCAUGGCGCUCGGCGUCGACGACCUGUUCCAGAACGAGAUCGCCGGCGAGCUCGAAACAGAGUCGACCGUGCCGUUCAUCGUCGGGCGCGAGCAGCUGUAUCGCUCAAAGUCACUCGGCCUCUUUACCACUGAGAAUGUGGCCCGCCGGUACGCCAUCUACCUCGUCGACCAUCCAGUCUUUGACUACUUUAUCCUCACCGUCAUCCUCACCAAUUGCAUCUUUAUCGCGCUCUCGCGUCCGACCGAGCCGGCGGACUCGUCAUGGAACAGCUUCCUCCUUUCUUCAGAGAUCUACUUCCAGGCCAUCUUUGUCGCCGAACUCUUGCUCAAGAUCUUUGCCAUGGGCUUUGUCCUCCACCGCUCGGCCUACCUCCGCUCGCCGUGGAACGUCCUUGACUUUGUCGUUGUAGUUGCUGGCUCGCUAGUCUUCUUCCAAUCGUCGGUCAACGUCUCGUCCAUCCGCACCAUCCGCAUCCUGCGCCCGCUCCGCACCAUCUCUUCGAUCUCGGGCAUGCGGGUCCUUGUCAACUCGCUUCUCUUCUCGCUACCCUCGCUCCUUGACGUCGCCAUCCUCUAUCUCUUUCUCUUCAUCAUCUACGGCAUUCUUGGCGUCCAGCUCCUUGUCGGCAAGUUCCACCAGCGCUGCUACUUCCAGGCGCCUGACGGUAGCCUUGUUCUUGACAUCAACCGCGACCGGCUGUGCGGCGUGCCUGACGCGAAUGGGUACAUGUGUGCGCCGGGCCAGGUGUGUCUGGCGGCGGCUGCAAACCCUAACUUUGGCUUUACCUCGUUUGACCACAUCCCGCAUGCUUUUCUCGUCCUCUUCAACGCUAUCUCGUUUGACGGCUGGUCCUCAGUCAUGUACCGCGCCCAGGACGUGUACUCGCCUUGGAUCUGGAUCUACUUUGUUACCUACACCGCCAUCGCCACCUUCAUCAUCCUCAACCUCGUCCUCGCCAUCCUCACCGCCGCCUUUUCCCUCUUCUCCGAGGCCGAGCGCGAGGAUGCCGCUGUUGCCGCCGCAGAGGCCGAGACCGCCCAGGCCGAGGCCCUUGGCAAGUCUGUCUCUGUCCGCACCACCACUCGCUCGCGCGCCAAGUCGGUAUCCGCUGCUGUUGGAAUCAAUCUCGUCAACCUCGUCCUCGUCCUCCUCGUCCUCCUCGUCCUCCUCGUCCUCGUCUUCUCGUCCUCGUCUUCUCUUCCUUCCCCGACUGCAUCGACAUCAUCGCUCGCCUCGUCUUCAUCUCUGCCCGACCAGAAGGCUGACCCAGCACGCGAACUGUUCUCCUACACCUACGAGUACUCGACUGGCUCGAACCCGUCUGACAGUGAGCCAAAGGAUAACCAGGGCUCUGAGCCGUCUGCGCCUCGGCCAGCAGCGAGCCCCAUUCUCUCGGCCACUUCGCGGCUAAUCCAGUUGCAUCCGGCUCGCCACUCGGUCGGAACCGUGGCCGACUCGGAAUACUCGUCGUCGUCCAGACUCUCGGCAUCGUCGUCGAUGGUCUCGACGGUAGCAUCGACGCCACCCGCCUCUCCACGCCCGCCGCCUCUCACCGUGCCCAUCACUUUCCCCCCUGCACCAUCUCCGGACAUCAUCCCGAUCCCAACACCUUCUCCGGCGCCAGCAUCGUCGCCGGCCCAUCACCACGACGACGCAUCUGCGCCGCUUGUGGCUCCGCGACGCUCCCCGCCCAACGCUUACGUGCCUGCCGUCCAUGCACUCACCCACCAUCCGCAGUUUGAGCGGGCCAUGGCAGUCCCGAUUGUACUCAAUGCCAUCCUCCUUGCUACCGAGCACUACCAGCAGCCGCGACUGCUAGAGCACGCCCAGUUUUACGGCAAUAUUAUGUUUACUGUCUGGUUUGCCAUCGAGCUUGUCGGGCGGCUCGCUGGCUCGACGCUCAGGGCUUUUGUCUCGGACAGCUACAACGUGUUUGACGUCGCCGUCGUCAUGGUCUCGCUCAUCGAGUUUGGCGUCCCUCUCCCGUUCUCGGUCACAGUCCUCCGCUGCUUCCGUCUUCUUCGCGUCUUUCGCCUCGUUCGAGUCUGGGGCUCACUGGCAAGGGUCCUUAAGACUGUCACGGCCUCGCUCUCCUCAGUCGCCUACCUCUCGUGCCUCCUUGUCAUCGUCAUCUUUAUGUAUGCCACGCUUGGCAUGCAGCUGUACGGCUCCAAGCUCGACUUUCCGUCCGGCACCCCGCGAUCCAACUACGACACGACCUUUUGGGCUUUUGUCACCACUUUUCAGGUCAUCACCGGCGACUCAUGGACCGACGUGCUCUUCACCAGCAUGCGCGUCCGCCCGUGGCUCUCGGUCCUUUACUAUGGCUCACUCAUCGUGCUCGGCAACUAUGUCCUUCUCAACCUCUUCAUCGUCAUCCUCCUCGACCGUUUCUCGCAAGAGGUCGAGGCCGAGGCCGAGGCCGAGGCCGCUGUCCUCAAGAAGCAGGGCGCCGCCCACUCGUCGCUCCACCAGCGCGUCCGUCACUGGAAAGAAAUCGAGGAGCGCAAGUGGCGCAUCAUGAUUGGCCACUCGCUCCGCCUGUUCUCUCCGGUCUCGCCCACCCGCCAGGCCUGCUGCCGGCUCGUCAACCACCCGUUCUUCGAGCCGACCAUUAUGGCGCUCAUCCUCCUCAACUGCAUUUUUCUUGCCCUUGACGGCCCAUCUGUCGACCGCACCUCGUCGCUCGGCGUCACCAUUUACUGGGCCAAUCUCGUCUUUCUUGUCGCCUUUACCUUUGAGGCCAUUGCCAAGAUCGUCACUGUUGGCUUCAUCUGGCCGUCGGACAUUGCGUACAUGCGCUCGGCGUGGAACGCCGUCGACCUUUUUGUCGUCGUCUCCUCGCUCCUAGCCCUUUUUCUCGCCGGCGAGUUCCGCCUCUUCCGCGCCCUCCGCGCCCUCCGCCCGCUCAAGCUCAUUGUGCGAUCUGAAAAGAUCCGAGUUGUCGUCUACUCGCUCUACGCCUCGCUGCCCGCAGUUGCCAACGUUGCCGCCGUCUGCUUUGUCCUCUGGUCCGUCUUUGCCAUUGUUGGCGUCCAGAUCUUCUCGGGCUCGUUUUACCGGUGCAACGACACGGCAGUCUCUGUCAUUUCGCAGUGCGUCGGCUCGUUUGUCGACACAUCGGCCGGCUCGUCGGUCUACAACGCAUCAAUGGGCGCGUUUGUGGCACUCCCGCCGCCAGUAGUAGCGCGGCAAUGGACCAACCCACCGUUCUCGUUUGACUCUUUCCCCGAAGCGCUCAAGUCGCUUAUGGAAGUCGCCAUGCUCGUCGGUUGGAUCGACGUGGCACGCGCCGGCGUCGACGCCCGCGGCGUGGGCCUACAGCCAGUCCAGGACGCCAACCUCUGGGCCAUCACUUACUUUGUCAUCUUCAUUGUUGUCGGCUCGUUCUUUGUCAUCAAUCUCUUCAUUGGCGUCCUCAUCGACAACUACACCCGCACCCGCCAGACUGCCGAGGGUGUGGUCUUUAUGACCGCCGCUCAGCGCGAGUGGUCGCAGACUCGCCGCAUUCUCUCCAUCACCCAGCCCAUCCCGGUGUACAUCAUCCCACAGUCGCCGCUCCGCGCCGGCGCGUACGUCAUUGUCCUCCAUCCGUGGUUUGAUUUUUUCAUCAACUCGGCCAUUGUCGCCAACGGCGCCAUCAUGUGUCUGCAGCACUGGGGCCAGCCUCAAGCACUCACUGACGCGCUCUACCUCCUCAACGUUGCCUUUCUCGUUCUAUUCGCCCUUGAGGCCGCGCUCAAAAUCAUCGCCUACGGCUUUCCGAUGUACAUGUCUGACGGUUGGGACCGGUUCGACCUCGCGCUAGUUGUUGUCUCCAUCGCCGGCUUCUUCCUCGCGCCAGGCCUCGGCUCAUCGGUAGUCCGCAUUGUCCGCCUCGGCCGCCUCCUCCGGCUGGGCAAGCGCUCGAGGCGACUCAACGCUCUCUUUACCACCCUCCUCUACACGCUGCCAGUGAUCUGGAAUGUUGGCUCACUCCUCUUUGUCGUCUUUUUCAUCUACGCUGUCCUCGGCGUCCAGCUCUUUGGGCGUGUGGUGCAGGGCGGCAUGGGCCUCGAGCCGCACGCCAACUUUUCGUCGUUCCCGAUGGCCAUGCUCACACUCUACCGGCUCGUCACCGCCGACGUGUGGAACGUUGUCAUGCGCGGCGCGUCGGUCCAGCCGCCGCACUGCUCGCGGGCGGCCGGCAACUGUGGCUCUGAGCUCGCCCCGCUCUUCUUUAUCUCGUUUCUCGUCAUCGGCGGCAUGGUGCUGCUCAACCUUGCGCUCGCCAUCAUCCUCGAGAACUUUGACAACUCGGCCUUUGACCUCACGCCCGAGCACAAGGACUCGAUCCGCCACUUUCGCGAAGUCUGGUCCAAGUACGACCCCACGGCGUCGAACCGUAUCCUGGCAUCGGAGUUUGUACGCCUCAUGAUGGACAUUGGCGAGCCGCUCGGCUGGUCGCGCUAUCUCUCGCGUCGGUACCAACUGCGUGCCGCGGCUGCGCUCCGCCUCCAGAUCCGUGUCAACUCGGGCAAGAAGCGGUUUCUCGGCGUCCGCUUUGGCAACAUCUGCCCGUUUCCGCCGUCGGUCGAGUUUAACCACGUCCUCAACUCGCUCGUCCGCUUCCGCAUCGCUAGCGAGCGGUUGGCCAAAGCCCCGCACAGCAAGUCGUCGGCUGGCGGUCACGCCGCCACCACCCCGACCUUGCUCCCGCUCAACGACUCGGAGCUGGCGGUCGACGUCGGCGCAGCGCACGCCGCUGCAGACACCGGCGCCGGCGUCGGGCGUCGCGACAUGGCGGCGCUGGCGGUCGACACCGGCGUGCGGCACACUUACUCAAAGGCGCAUGCCCAGCACCCAGACCAGGUCUCUCGCACCGACGCGCUACUUUCGUCGCGGCGCGGCGUUGCCGAGCUCCACGCGGCGCACCGAACGAGGAUCGCCGAGCUCCGGUCGUCAGCCGGGCCUGCAACGCCUCUUUCACCGCUAGGCGACGAGGCGAUCUCGCUCGAAUCGCUCAACGUCUACGCCGAGGCCCACGUACUGGACCCACGGGCACCACUGCCGCGGGCAGCGCGUGCGAACCGGCGGUCGUCGGUGGUGGCCUCGUUGGCGGCGCUGGUCUCGUCUGCGGCCACGCCGCACGCGCCGGCACCGGUCAUUCUGCAGUCCAAGGGCCGCGACGGGCGAAAUGCGGCCGGCGGCGCGUUUCUCGCCCUUCCCGUUCUCACCUCGCCGACGGGCGAGUCAGCCGACCAGGCCAUGCCCGAGGUCAAGAUGUCGAUCAUGCAGCGGCUGGAGCAGAAGGAGACCGAGGCCGGGCCGGGGACAAGCGGCGACGCCGAGGCCUCUGUCGCGGUUGCCAUUGCCGAGGGUGACGACUCGAUCGAGCGGGUGCUCGAGGGCGAGCUCGCCAAUGUCAUGCAGCGCCUCGAAGACAACGACGUGGUGUGGAUGAUGGAAGAGUACCUGGCAGUGGAGAUCAUUUCCAACUGGUGGACGCGCUACUCGGAAAUUGCCCGCCAGCGCAAGGUCGUCAAGGGCUGGCUCGCCGCCGUCAAUCCCGACCUCGACGUCCGCGCGCUCGAGACCCACUACGAGGCUGUCCGCCGUGAAAACGCGCUCUCCUACGAGGCUGUCACCGAGCGCAUGGCCGAGCUCCGCCGCCGCAUGGAGCGCAACACGGCGCUCCGUCACGCCAUCGCCAACAACUUCCCCAUGACCUCGUCCGACGACGACGAGCCCUUGCUCGCCGCCGGUGAGUCUGGAGAGCCCGUCGCUGGUAUCGGCACCCACUCGGGCUCGACGUCGACUGUAUCCUCGCUGUGAAAAGAUGCGCAGGCUUACUGCUCAACGGCCGCGGCCUCGAUGCCGGCCGCAUCAGCAAGCGCCACGCCAGCCUUGAUUGCCUCAAGCUCGGCCACGACCGAGGGAUGCAGCGCCGGGGCUGGAGUCAGCGCCCACGCCGCCAACCAGGUGCCAAGCAGCGGGUACAGGACGAGCGGGCCGUACGAGCCGGACGCGCCGCGCUUGGCAAAGGUGGCCAUGUAGCCGGCGACGGCGAUGGCGAUGACGCCGUAGUACUCCCACGGCAUGCGCGGAUCGAGGGCGCGCCAGUGAGCGGGAUUAACGUCUGCCAGAAGGUCCCUGCCCGAGGGCCGGAGCGCGGCGUCGACAGCCACUAGUGGUGUCUUGUCGGCGCCGUCCUGGUGGAGGACGACGGUGGCGCCGAGCGGGAACGGUGGCUCGGGCACGUCGCCAACGCCUGCAUCCGGCACCGAGGCCUCGGCCAUGGCGUUGACAUCCGACGACGGCGGAAAGGCGUAAAGUGAACGCGAGCC